AUGGAGGACGACUACGGAAGCAUCGAGUCCGCGAAACCCCAACAAGACGCUAGUUCAGCGCAAGCUGCGAUCGAGGCGUCGGGUUCAACACGUGCCCUGAUACUCGCCGCGGCCUGUCUGUUGACGUUCGGCUCGUACUUCUGCUACGACACACCUAGUGCGCUUGUGAUUACGCUGCGAGAAAAGCUCCAGUUAACCGGAUUCCAGUAUAACGUUCUCUUCUCAAUUUACUCGUGGCCUAACGUCGUUCUCGUUUUUAUCGGUGGACUGGUAAUCGACACGUACGGCAGUCGCCGGGCCUCGCUUGCUUUGGCAACGCUGGUCUUGGUCGGUCAGGUGGUCAUGCUGAUCGGCGUUCUGCAACAUCGCUACUGGCUCCUGCUGAGUGGGCGUUUCAUCUUCGGCAUGGGUGGCGAGUCCCUCGGCGUUUGCCAGUCAAUUAUCGUGAGUCGUUGGUUUGCUGGUCAUGAACUCGCUACUGCUUUCGGACUGAGCUUGACUGUUUCACGUAUUGGCAGUAUCCUCUCAUUCAUGUUAUUGCCGGUUGUGGACCAGGUUGCCGGCAUUGUGUCGGCAUUCGCAGUGGGUGUCAUUAUUUGUGCGCUCUCGAUAUGUGCUGCUCUGGUCUAUGCUUCGAUUGAGCUCUCUGUAGAGCACAAGCGUGCCGAGGGAGCCGCAGCACUCCAGCCGACGAAAACGCGGACACGGGCUCCUGCUGGGGAACGCUCGCCCCGGAGCAGACGCUCGAGUUUGCUCCAAGUUGCCAGAUGCCUUGAUCUUUCAUUCUGGCUGUGCGCUGGGAUCAGCAUGGUGUCCUAUGCGUUGGUAUUCUCGUUUAUCGCAAUCGGAAGCGACUUGCUGCAUCAGGCGUUCGGCACUUCACGCGAGCGAGGCAGCCUCUUGGUGUCGCUCGUAUACGAUUUUUCCAUGGUGCUGGCGCCACUUCUCGGGCGUCUAUUCGACGCAGUUGGUUUGCGUGGAAUCUUCGUUCUUGUGUCGUGCACGCUGAAUCUGCUAUCCUUUGCCCUUCUAGAGCACACCCGCACGUCUGCAUGGCAACCGGUGCCGCGCCCGGUCUACGGCAUGAUUUGCAUGGGGGUGGCUUUCAGCGGUCUUUCCAGUUCUGUUUGGCCUUCUAUGACGGUUAUUUCGCCGGUCUGGGCCCUGGGAGCGGCGCUCGGUAUUGCGCAGGCCCUGCAGAACCUGGGAACAAGUCUCAUGAGCAUCUACGUGGGUCACGUGGUAGAUGCGUUCGGCUACGAAGCGGUGCUUAGUCGAUUUGUACUUAUCGCGUGCAUCGCAGUGCUGCUCGCUUUAUGGUGGAAUAUCGACGAUUGGCGAUAUCGGGACGGGCGCGUGAACCGCUCCGCUGCUGCGGCAGAAGCAGCGGCAGCAGCCGCGAUGGAGCUACCGGUCGCUGCUGGGACACCGCAAGGCGCUGCUGUCGCUUAUGUCCCGCUGUAUGUACCCGUCUACGUGAUGGUAUCGCCAGAGGCGAUCCAGUCUGUCCGACGAGCCUGCUACCAAAAGCUCGGAGAGAGCGAAGUCGGUAUCAGACGACGCGAUCUUUAUGCGCAGCUCGGCAUUGCUCAUCCUGCGGUCGUGCGCAAAGCUGCGGAAACCGGAGCGCAGUUGCCGUCGCCAGACGCGUACCAUGCACGAGUUUUUCGACCGGAGCGACCUACGGAGGCGGCAGGGUCAGCGUCGAGUUCACAGAGCACCAAUUGA